AUGGCGGUCACCGACCCCGUGAAGCGACGCCAGCUUCUCCAGCAGGCCGAAAAGAUCCUUCUACAUCCUAUUCAUCCCCAUCUAAUCUCUUACUGUCCAACAAUGGAUCUGAUUGCCGUGGUCACCGACGAAGAAAACCUAGACGUGUAUCGAAUCAAUGGGCAAAGAGCCUUUGGGCUGAAGAGAAAGAAUGAAGACAUCAAUGUUGAUGCGUUACAGUGGGAGUUCAACGGCAAAAGCAUUGCGGUCAGCUGGAGUGAUGGGUCUACCGAUCUUGUCAGCGCAGAGACGGGAAAGGUGACCCAUAAGGAUGUCAUGUUACCUGCUGUCACACGUCAAGAGGGUAGCAUGAUAGAAGACUCUCCGGCGAGAGUUAGGUGUAUGGGCUGGGGCCUGAACUUCAUUGACGUUGACGCUGUAAAAAGGAGGACGGGUUUGGAGGAGAAGACGAAGGGUAAUGGCGCAAAAUCCACGCCAACUGAUGCUUUCGGCAGCCCGACAACGGAAAACUGGGAUGCGUUCAAAGACGAAACAACCCUCGAUGAUUUCCUGCAGCGACAGCCCGACUUUCAGACCCUGGACACCGCGCCUGAUCUACCCGACCAACUCGCGAUGAUGGAUAUGGAAUCACUAUUACCGAAACUUCCAGCAAUUCCAUCACCCCCUGCGCUACCGUUUAUGCGUGUCUCGGCAGCAGAUUCCGGCGCGUUCAGUUCACAGGCUGAAGUUGAUGCACUGCUACACUCACAUCAUCUGAAAGAUCACAACUCAGUCGACAUGCUCAUCCGCUGUUCCGAUCGCGGGACGGUGCAUCCCUCCAUUUACGACUCGCUUGAGACGGUCAAUGUAAAAUUGCCGAAGUCCUGGAAUGUCGAGAGCAUGCCGUUGCUACAUGCUAGUCAUCCAUAUAGCUGCACCCACGGCUUAUUGAUGCGCACCAGAUCCGCCGCCUCUCCACGAAAGUCACAACUUAGUUUCGUUCCCCUAACGCUGAACUUCAUCCCCUCAGCGGGUGUCUACCUUCAUCUCAUCGCCUCCAAGACCUCACAGCUGCAGAAUCUCUUCCUCUAUAUCACGCAAACCCUGCAACGUCUCCGUACCUUCUUCAAGCAUGCCCAAGAUCUGCCGUCAAAGUUCAUGAUGAACAUAUCAGAAACACUAGAGGAGAAAGGGCAAGGCGAUCUUGUCACGAACCUUUUUCAUAUAGCUUGCACAGGCAAUUGCCCGCCAGUGGUACGAGAGUGGCUGGUCGAUGAACUGGCAGAACAAGGGCACAAGCGGUGGGAUAAUACGGUUACGACAAGUUUCAUGACGCUUCUUGCGCUAGUGCAUGAGAAUCUGAUACCGGCACUGGAUCGGUGCAGUAUCGUCAUCUCCCGUCUUCGCGGCCUCGCACAUUUCCAUGACCGGGACUGGAUCUUCACAGGUCCGCUUACCGAUUUCACAGCGUUGCUGGAGGUGCUGAAGAAUAUGAGGCUGUUAGCGCAUACAGUUCUGCUGUAUGCAAGUGAGGAAAAGAGACAGUUUCAUGCAUUUAGCAAGUGGCUGCGGUUUACCAUUGACUAUGAAGCUACGGAGCCGGAGAGCCAAUCUAGAGGGGAAAUGGAGAAUCGGGAUCCUGGUGUUGACGUUGCCCAAGUCCUCGAGUACAUCAAAUACGGUCUCACAAAAUCGGACCUAACUCCUUACUUGAGACCAGAGGCGCAGCUAGGUCCGAAACCAAAAGGAACAGAGGCACCAAGUUAUGAAGACACGAAGAAAGCUGUUGAGCUCUUCAAGGAAGGUGCCAUGUUCAAGGAGGAGGCGCUGUGUCUUGAGCAUGUACUUGGACAUCUCAGUGUAGGUGUUACCGGUCUGCUUAAGCAGGUCAGUGGGUGGCAGGAGAACAAUAUCCGGAUGGAAUCUGGUCUUGUGCUGGACAACAAUGACGAUGGAGAUCAGGAGGAAGAGAGUGUGAAAGACAUGAGAAUGAUGCUGGAGCGGUCAAGCCACUCUCCAGACAGCAUCUCCACCUACAUUGCCCUCUUUUCGCUGUCGACGCCAUCGACUCUCCUCAUCCACCGCCUCACCCAUGCACCAAGCAUCACCUCCUUCCCAAAGGACAUACACGCCUAUGCCAUCUCCACUCUCGACUUCUCCUCCGCAUCGCCAACCACCAGAAUACUAGAUGCCAAGUUCGGAGACGACACAAACCUACUCGUACUCCUCCAGCUUCCCGGACCAAAGGGUAAUAAGACGACGAGCCACACAAACGUCUUGCUCUCUCUACCGUAUACCUCCAUGAAACUAGUGGCCUUCUCCCCCGUCCCCUCUUCGCGCCUACCCGACACGCUUUUACCAGCGGGGAAAUCUGUGCCAAAAUCCUUACGCACCACCGUCCCUAUGACGUCUGAGCUUGUAAAGAAAUAUACUAGACAUGUCUUUGAGGGCCGUUUCACGCCUCUUAAGCUUAUUGUCAACGGGAGGAAGGGGAGGAGAGUGGUAGUUGUGCUAGGGAGUGAUAAGAAGCAUUAUCGGGUCUUGGACAUGGACUUCCGAAAGCGGAAGAUAAAGGAGGGGCAAGAGGAGGGCGGGAGUGCUGAUGAGAGUGAAGAAGAUGAGGAUGAGGAUGAGGAUGUCGAAAUGGGCGGGGCAUGA